AUGUCUUUCGAAAGAGCAGACACAUAUGCCACCUCGGUGCUUCCUCCCCAGCAGGAUGCAUCGAGUGAUCAGAACAGCGAGAUAAUAAAAGCCUUUAAGCGCUUCAUCCUAGAGUUCAGAGUGGACAACGAUUUCGUGUAUAGAAAUCAGUUGAGAGAGAAUAUUCUCUCCAAGCAGUUUCAACUAACUGUACAUUCAGAAAACCUGAUAUCGUUUCAUGACGAACUACACCAGAGACUCUUUGAAAACCCAAAAGAUAUCAUACCUCUUUUCGAAAGAGCGAUCACGGAGAUUGCCAAGAGGAAUAUCUAUUUGACCGAUGAGGAGGCACCAAGCGUAUUUCCGCAGUGUCAGCUAAUUUUGUUGUCGAACGACAACAAAAUUUCCAUCAGAGAUAUCGAUUCCGACAACGUGUCUAAGAUUAUCAAGAUAUCUGGUAUCAUCAUCAGCACUACGAUGCUCAACUCGAGAGCCUCUGAGCUUACCUUGAUGUGCAGGAACUGUAGACAUACACUAAAGAUCAAGUCCAACAUCAACUUGGGUUUGCCACAGUAUCCGAAAAAGUGUCUAGCGCCACCGUUGCCGGAUGGAGACAAACCAAACUGCCCCCCAAAUCCUUAUUUGAUCGUACACGACAAAUCGACAUUUAUCGACCAGCAGACGUUGAAACUCCAGGAAACAUCUGACAUGGUCCCGGUCGGAGAAAUGCCUCGUCAUAUCACACUAUUUGUGGAUAGGUACCUUUGCAAUGUCCUUGUCCCAGGUACCAGGUGCGAGAUCAUAGGAAUAUACGACACAUACCAGAAAAAAGUGAGGAAUACAGGCUCAGUUAAUAAUGCUGCCAUUAGAUCGCCGUACUUGAAGGUCUUGGGUGUCCAGACAGAUGCAGAUCUAUUGCGGUCUGCAGGAGGGUUGAAUAGGAUCUUUUCGGAAGAAGAAGAAGAGGAGUUCAUUGCAUUGUCCAGAACACCAGACUUAUAUGAACGGUUUGUCAAAUCGAUUGCACCAUCAAUUUAUGGUAAUGAAGACAUCAAAAGAGCAAUAACUUGUCUUCUUUUCAGUGGGUCUAAAAAGGUCUUACCUGAUGGAAUGAGAUUGAGGGGUGACAUUAAUGUUUUACUAUUGGGUGACCCCGGUACGGCAAAAUCUCAACUAUUGAAGUUCGUCGAAAAAGUUGCACCGAUUUCCAUCUACACUUCAGGUAAGGGUUCUUCGGCUGCUGGUUUGACUGCAUCUGUGCAACGUGACCCUGCUACAAGAGAUUUCUAUCUAGAAGGUGGUGCCAUGGUUCUAGCCGAUGGUGGUGUCAUUUGUAUCGAUGAGUUUGACAAGAUGAGAGAUGAAGAUCGAGUGGCGAUUCACGAGGCUAUGGAACAACAAACUAUUUCUAUUGCGAAAGCUGGUAUCACAACAGUACUCAAUUCAAGAACUUCUGUGUUAGCGGCUGCUAAUCCAAUUUUCGGUAGGUACGAUGAUAUGAAGGCCCCUGGUGAAAAUAUAGAUUUCCAAACCACCAUUUUAUCCAGAUUUGAUAUGAUUUUCAUUGUCAAAGAUGAAUAUGAUGCACACAGAGAUAUGUCCAUUGCACAUCACGUUAUGAAUGUUCACACAAAUGGUGGUAAUAAUGAAGAACAAACCGAAGGUGAGAUUCCGAUUGAUUUAAUGAAAAGAUAUAUCCAAUACUGCAAGCUAAAGUGCGCCCCUAGACUAACUCCACAAGCAUCUGAGAUGUUGAGCUCUAACUUCGUUGCUAUACGUAAAGAAGUGAAGUUGAAGGAAUCGUUAUCGUCUGAAAGGUCCUCGAUUCCAAUCACUAUCAGACAAUUGGAGGCAAUUAUCAGAAUAACGGAGUCAUUGGCAAAGAUGGAACUUUCGCCUAUUGCUGAUGUGAGACAUGUUGAAGAGGCUAUGAGACUGUUUAAUGCUUCCACCAUGGAUGCCAUCAAAGAAGGUAAUACGGAUAAUGACGAAGUUUUGCAGCACAUUGAAAACAUUGAAAGUGAAAUUAAAAGGAGACUGCCAAUGGGUUGGAGUACGUCAUAUAACACUCUACGACAGACGUUUGUAGAGAAAGGCACUUACAGCAUCGAGGCUUUAAACAAGACUUUGUAUAUCUUAGAAAGAAGAGAAGUUGUCCAGUUCAGGCAUAACCGGUCGAGUAUAUUCAGAUGUGGUGUUUGA